CGACGGCCCCGCGGGAAGGGCGGAGUCUGGGCAGAUGCUGGCACCCGCCGCGCGGCUCCUGCCGGGGCGCGGUGGUCGGGACGGUCGCCCGGAUUGCAGGGAAUCGCCGCCGGAGACGGGCUCGGCGCCCGGCGGGGACUGCAGGCGAUGACUCAGGAUGCAGCAAGGGACCACGACGUGCACGGAGGACCGCAUCCAGCACGCCCUGGAGCGCUGCUUGCACGGACUCAGCCUCAGCCGCAGCUCCACCUCCUGGUCAGCCGGGCUGUGUCUGAACUGUUGGAGCCUGCAGGAGCUGGUCAGCAGGGAUCCAAGCCACUUCCUCAUCCUCCUCGAACAGAUCCUGCAGAAAACCCGAGAGGUCCAGGAGAAGGGCACCUACGACCUCCUUGCCCCGCUGGCUCUGCUCUUCUACUCCACCGUCCUCUGUACACCACAUUUCCCACCAGAUUCAGAGCUCCUUCUGAAGGCAGCUAGAACCUACCACCGAUUCCUGACCUGGCCUGUUCCUUACUGCAGCAUCUGCCAGGAACUGCUCACCUUCAUCGAUGCCGAACUCAAGGCCCCAGGAAUCUCCUUCCAGCGACUGGUGAGAGCAGAGCAGGGACUGCCCCUUAGGAGUCACCGCAGUUCUACUGUAGAAGGGAAAUGGAGGUCAGAGAGGCCAAGCGCCUUCCCCAAGUCACACAGCUACACUGUGCUGUUGCUGAAUCCCCUGGAGAUGCAGGCCGAGUUCCUCGCCGUGGCCAACAAGCUGAGCACGCCUGGGUCCUCACCCCAUAAUACCUAUGUCACUCUGCUCCUGCACGCCUUCCAGGCCACCUUUGGGGCCCACUGUGACCUCAUGGGUCUGCGCUGCAGGCUGCAGUCCAAGACCCUGGCGGAGCUCGAGGACCUCUUCACGGAGACCGCCGAGGCCCAGGAGCUGGCAGCCGGCAUCGGGGAUGCAGCUGAGGCUCGGCAGUGGCUCAGGACCAAGCUGCGGGCAGUGGGGGAGAAAGCCAGCUUCCCUGGCAUCUUAGUUCUUACAGACUCUGCAAAACCGGGCAAGCUCCACACCAUCCCCAUCCCUGUCGCGAGGUGCUACACCUACAGCUGGAACCAGGACAGCUUCGACAUCCUACAGGAGAUCCUUCUCAAGGAACAGGAGCUGCUCCAGCCAGGGAUCCUCAGGGACGAGGAGGAGGAGGAGGAGGAGGAGGAAGAGGAGGAGGAAGACGACUUGGACACCGAUGGGCAUUGUGCCAAGAGGGACUCGCUGCUCUCCACCAGCUCGGGGGCCUCGCGCGACUCUGCCCUAUCCCUCGUCUCCUCCCAGGCCUCGGGCUCCGCCUUCUCCCGCCAGCUGCUGACCUCCUUUGUGUCCGGCCUGUCCGACGGCAUGGACAGCGGCUACGUGGAGGACAGCGAGGAGAGCUCCCCGGAGUGGCCCAAGAGUCCCGGCAGCCAGGAACGCCACAGCCACCGCCGGCCCGGGCAGAAGCUCAACAGGAUCUAUAAACUCUUCAAGAGCACCAGCCAGCUGGUGCUGCGCAGGGACUCGCGGGGCCUGGAGGGCGGCCCGGACGCGGCCCUGCCUCUGCGGCGGGCGGGCAGCCUCUGCAGCCCCCUGGAUGGCUUGGCACCGCCGCCCGCCCGGGCCCAGCGCUCCCACUCCCUGCCCCAGCCCAAGCUCAGCACCCAGCUGCCCAGCUGGCUCCUGGCCCCGGCCUCGCGCCACCAGCGCCGCCGGCCCUUCCUGAGUGGGGACGAGGACCCCAAGGCAUCCACACUGCGAGUUGUGGUCUUCGGCUCCGAUCGGAUUUCGGGGAAGGUGGCUCGGGCGUAUAGCAACCUGCGGCGGCUGGAGAACAACCACCCGCUCCUCACUCGGUUCUUCAAGCUGCAGUUCUUUUACGUGCCCAUGAAGCGAAACUACGGGGCCGGCGCCAGUGCCUGCCCAGCCCCUCGGAGCUGUACACCCCCACUCCCCACGGACUCCCCGAGGCACCCCGGCCCUGCAGAGCUGGGUACGGUCCCCCGGGAGGACAGCACCAACGACAUCUCCCACUACCUCGGCAUGCUCGACCCCUGGUACGAGCGCAACGUGCUGGGCCUCAUGCACCUGCCCCCUGAGGUCCUGUGCCAGUCUCUGAAGUCGGAACCACAGUCCCCGGAGGGCUCCCCCGCCCAGCUGCCCAUCCUGGCCGACAUGCUGCUCUACUACUGCCGCUUCGCCGCGCGCCCGGUGCUGCUGCAGGUCUACCAGACCGAGUUGACCUUCAUCACCGGGGAGAAGACCACGGAGAUCUUCAUCCACUCCCUGGAGCUGGGGCACUCUGCGGCCACACGCGCCAUCAAAGCUUCGGGUCCUGGCAGCAAGCGGCUGGGCAUCGAUGGCGACCGGGAGGCCGUCCCUCUAACACUACAGAUUAUUUACAGCAAGGGGGCCAUCAGUGGGCGAAGUCGCUGGAGCAACAUGGAGAAGGUGUGUACCUCUGUCAACCUCAACAAGGCCUGCCAGAAUCAGGAGGAGCUGGACUCCAGCAUGGAGGCCCUGACGCUAACCCUGACAGAAGUGGUGAAGCGGCAGAACCCCAAAUCCAAGAAGGGCUUCAACCUGAUCAGCACAUCACAGGUCAAAGUGGACAAGGCGCAGAUUAUCGGCUCCAACAGCUGCCCCUUUGCUGUGUGUCUGGACCAGGAUGAGAGGAAGAUCCUGCAGAGUGUGAUCAGGUGUGAGGUCUCGCCCUGCUACAAGCCCGAGAGGCCGCCCUACCCGCCAACCCAGGCCACACCUGACGUCUGCUCCCUCCUCUGCCUGCCCAUCAUGACCUUCAGCGGAGCUCUGCCCUAGAGUGGCCCUGGCACCAGGCGGGACAGGACACCCUGGGGGCAGCCGCCCCCUCCGAACCACCCCCACCCCGACAGUCGGCUAUGAGGGUCUCGCUCCUUGUGGACAACUGGAUGGCCCUGUGUCGGGCCAGGGUCCCCCUGUAGGCCCGGCGGGGGGCAGGGGGCAGUGGGGUAGAUGGUUUCCGGGCCCUGGGGGAGUCUCCUUGGGAGAGAAACAGACACUGGGGAGGCAGGGGCUCGGCCCCAAGCUCUUCAGAUUCCUUGUGGUAGAAGGAGAGGGACAGGCGGGCUGACUCUGAAGGCCCUGCCUGCGAGCAUGGGCUAGGGUUUUUCCUAGAAGAAAGAUCUGGGGCCUGGGGCAUGGUUUUGGCCUCUCCCAGCCCUUGGCUGACUGUCAAAGAUUUGAGGGACCCUUCGUGUCCGGGGUUCUGUCCCCUCUACUCUGGGGCAAAGAUGGUAGAACUUUGAUGAGACUUUUCUUUCCUGACCUUCAGUUAAUCUCAACCUCCCACCCCCCUCCCUCCCUCUCUUUCUCUCUUAUUCACACACAUGUACUAUCUCUCUCUCUCUCCCUCCCUCUCUCCCUCUCGCUCUCUCUUUCAAAUCUCCUGGGUCUUCUGAAGGAAAAAAAAACAAACAGCACUAACGGCCAAGCACCCCACUCCCCCUCUAAUUCCACACCCUCUGCCUUUGGCCACUGAGGUGCUCUCGUGAGUUCUGGGGCGCUUGGCACUCACUCCCUUCCGAUUCGCCAAUGAGGCACAACCAAGGCCGAGGGAGUGAGAAGAGGUCACUUUUGCCCUCCAGAGGAGGAAUUGCCUUUGUUGGGGUGAGGGGCAGUUGCUCAGGUGCCCCUGCCCUUCACCCCUCUCCACCACGCUUCCCCCAGUACCGCCUGCCCCCUCCCGUCCCACUCCUUGUCUGGAGAAUCACCCAUCGCCCACCUGGCACCUGGCAAGGUCCCCGAGGAGGAGAGGACUUUGUGCCUGGCCUCAGAGUUUGGUGCCUGGUGGGGGAAGGUGGGGGUCCUGCCAGGGAAAUGGUCAGCCCAUGGCAGAAGGUGAGAGCCUGAAACUUGGAAGUCCCAGGUUGGAGUGGUGUGAGAAGUUAGAAGCAACUGUGGGCUAGGGUGAGUGUGGAGGGCAGGGUUUGGGACCAGGAUUUGGACUGGUAAAGGUGGAGGAAGUUAACCAUGGGAGCAUACAGCUGUGCCCCACACAGAGCCCCUCCUUCCCCUCCUUUUCCUGCUUCAUCCUGUUCCAAAGGUCCUGGGCUUAGAGGAGCCCAUGCAAAUCCCAGCCCAGAACACUCAAGACCUGAGAGAAGAACGCAGAGCCAGCUUCUCUCCUGUGCCACCAUUCCUUCUCUCUCCGAACCAUGUCUUGCCUGAGACUCCAGAGUGAUCAAUCACAUACCUUCAAUAUUUUUUUGUUAUGUGAGCAGGUUGUCUUACUACAUAACCAACAGAUAUCCAAGAAUAAACGAAUGGAGCAAUACUGUCAAAUAAAAAUUGAUUCGUCCUGUA